AUGCAGGACCAGGGUUUAUUUCUAUUUUCUUUUUAUAUGCCAUGUCCUUUCAGCGAAUUCCAGCACAAAUUGGCCAAUAUUGCGUCCAAGCUGAAUAGAGCGUACAAUCGUCUCUUUCAGCACAUCAACCAAGAAACACUUUUCCGAACGCCGCUCAAAACCACCGAAUAUUCAAUGGCUGAGAUUUUUGUUUUCAAUCUCUCUCUACGCUUUUCUUACGCCUUCUCUCUCUACGCCAUUCUUUCCCUCUUUCUAAUUCUCAUUCUCCCUGCCUUUAUCAUUUUCCUUUUCUCUCUUCGAUUUUUACUCACUCUCAUCCUCUCUCUCUCUCUCUCUCUCUCUCUCUCUCUCUCUCUCUCUCUCUCUCUCUCUACGACUUUCUUAGCCACGAUCGUAAGUUGUCGUCACUCUUUCAUUUUCUUCAAGACCCGAGGGCCCAUUUCUGUGAUGAGUGGACAGACGGCGGUCGAAGGAGAAAAAUACAAAAUCUAUCUAUCUAUCUAUCUAUCUCAUUCUGUUCACAUCUAUCUAUCUAUCUAUCUAUCUAUCUAUCUAUCUAUCUCAUUCUGUUCAUUAUCUAUCUAUCUUGUCUAUUUUGAUCGAUCUAUCUAUCGAUCUAUCUAUCUUAAUCUGUUUAGGUCUAUCUAUGUAUCUAUCUAUCUCCCCUCAUAUCUAUCCAUAUCUAUCUAUCUAAGUCUAUUUAGAUCUAUCUAUCUAUCUAUCUAUCUAUCUAUCUAUCUAUGUCUGCAUAUCUAUCUAUCUAUCUAA